CACCCAAAAAACCAGAGCUCGAGCCCACCCAUCAUCACAUGCGAUGCAGAAGAGGGCGAGAAGGAAGCAGGCCAUUAAUGUCCUUCCCCAAACGACAAGAACCCCCACCGAACUCCGUUCCACGUUGUAAGUUUUUGUGUGAUGCUUUACCCAACAAGCGACACACAAGCACAUUCUCUCUCUCUCUCUCUCUCUCUCUCUUAAGUACUUGGUGGUUCCUUCCCAACCCCUCUCUCCCUCUCACUGCUUUCUCCAUCCUUCUCAAUCAGUGUAGAAACCACUCCUAAUCUUGCCAAGCUGCUUUUCGGUUUUCCAUUUCUUUCUUCUGACCACUUGAAUCCUGAGCUUGUUUAGACAAGGCACAGGAGGAAGACCAUUGUUCUCUUCAUUCAUGGAGUUGCAGGUCACACAAGCUCCUCUCUGGGUUCUUCUUCUUCUUCUUCUUCUUCUCUCCGGCGCCUGGUUUGCACCUUCAGAUGCCUUAAACGAGGAGGGCCUUGCACUUCUUUCUUUCAAGGCAAGCAUGCAAGAGGAUCCGGGUGCUUCCCUGGCAAACUGGAACUCCUCCGGUGACGACCCGUGCUCUUGGAAUGGGAUCUCUUGUAAAGAAGGGAAGGUCGUCUCGAUUAGCCUCCCAAAGAACAGGCUUUUGGGUUCUCUUCCUUCUUCUCUCGGCUCCCUCUCUUCUCUCAGGCACAUCAACCUCAGGAGCAACAGGCUUCAGGGGAGCCUGCCUUCCGGACUCUUCGCCGCUGCCGGCGGACUCCAAAGCUUGGUUCUUUAUGGGAACUCCUUCUCUGGUCCUAUUCCUCCGGAGGUUGGCAAUCUCUCUUUCCUUCAAAAUCUAGACCUUUCACAGAACUUGCUCAGUGGGGCAAUCCCUGCCUCUAUACUCCGCUGUAAGAGGUUGAAGGCUCUUGAUCUGAGCCACAACAACUUGACGAGCUCCCUUCCGGUUGGUUUCGGCACCAAUCUGACCGCCUUGGAGAAGCUCAGUCUUUCGUACAACGGACUGAAUGGUUCGAUUCCUAGUGAUCUCGGCAAUCUUUCUAGCCUUCGGGGCACGGUCGAUCUCUCACACAACCUUUUCUCCGGUCCUGUUCCGGCGAGUCUUGGGGACUUGCCGGAAAGGGUCUACAUCGAUCUUGCAUUCAACAACCUGAGUGGUUCCAUACCUCAGAACGGAGCUCUAGUGAACAGAGGGCCAACUGCAUUUAUCGGAAACCCCGGACUUUGUGGUCCGCCAUUGAAGAACCCCUGUUCUUCGUCGGGUACAGCAUCCGGCGGUGCAUCCACGGUUCCGUCUCUGCCGAGUGAUCAUUCACCUCAGGCUUCCGAAGUUGACAGUAGCAAGAGCAGAAAUGGUCCGAGUAAAAAUGCGGUGAUCGCUAUCGUUGUGAGCGAUGUGGUUGCGAUUGGUCUUAUGGCAAUGUUAUUCUUCUGCUGUUACAGGAGAGCGGUUUCUUAUAAGAGCAAGGCAGAGGCCGAGAACUCGAGCAGAGAUGCCAAGGGUGGGAAGAAGUAUCUGUGUUGGGGUAAAGAUGGAACCGAGAGCCCGGCAGAGGAUGCUGAGCAAUUUGACCUGAUACCAUUGGAUAAGCAGGUCCAUUUCGACUUGGAUGAGCUUCUGAAGGGCUCUGCCUUUGUGUUGGGGAAGAGUGGGAUCGGGAUCGUCUACAAGGUGGUGUUGGAGAAUGGCCUGACGCUGGCCGUGAGAAGGUUAGGCGACGGCGGGUCGCAGCGGUUCAAAGAUUUCCAAACAGAGGUGGAAGCUAUCGGAAAAGUGAGGCAUCCUAAUAUUGUUCUUCUAAGAGCUUAUUACUGGUCGGUCGAUGAGAAACUUCUUAUAUACGAUUACAUUCCUAAUGGCAAUCUCUCCAAUGCAAUUCAUGGGAAUGCUGGAAUUUCACCAUUGUCAUGGGAUGCUAGACUUAAGAUCAUGAAGGGGGUUGCCAAAGGUUUAGCCUUCUUGCAUGAGUUCAGCCCAAAGAAGUAUGUCCAUGGCGAUAUUAAACCGAGCAACAUACUCCUCGGACCCGACACGGAACCAUACAUAUCUGACUUUGGACUCGGGCAUCUGGCCAAUAUGGAAACGGGAACACCGUCGAUCUAUUCGGAUGGAAAGGCUACUGAGAAGCAACAGAGCCCAAUCUCCAAUGUUUCAGUUAGUCCUGUCUGGAGCAAUGCAUUGUUCUAUCAAGCUCCCGAAGCCUUAAAAUCUCUCAGACCAUCGCAAAAAUGGGAUAUAUAUUCGUACGGGGUGAUCCUACUAGAAUUAAUUUGUGGAAGAUCCCCGGUUGCUCUGAUGGAAACUUCGGACAUGGAUUUGGUUCGCUGGGUUCAGAUCUCUAUCGAAGAGAAGAAGACCCUAUUGGAUGUCGUCGACCCUUGUCUAACCCGAGAACUAGAGAGAGAAGAUGAGGUUACCGCCGUGCUGAAAAUAGCAUUAGCUUGCGUCCAGUUCAAUCCGGAAAGCCGACCCUCAUCGAGGCAUGUCGCGGACUCGUUGGAGAGGUUAACAAAGCUAAGCAACGCCUGACAAUCGAAGAUCUUGUAGAGGUAUCGUCAUCUCUGUCACCUUCUUUUAGCUGAAGCUGUGGUCGUUGAAGGAGAGGUGCCAAUGUGGCUGCAGGCACAUCUAAAAUGGCGAGAAUGGUAAACCAUUAGUCUCCUAAUUUGAGGGUCUCUAUGGUUUCCCUUCCGAUCGAUGAUCAAAGACGAGUUCUUGUGGUGUUCCACUUUUAUCUGCAUGUUGUUAAAUGUGUAAUUCUUGUGCAGUAUGGAGUAUGAACAUUAUCUUCCUUUUAAUAGAACAAGUUAUGUGUAUAUAUGACUGGUGAUUCCCAUAAUUCGGAGUGUUAAUACAUAAAGGCAACCUAUGAAAAGAGUAACUCAAUUUCUUUU